AUGAAUUUUGAAUUAAUUGAUACGUUGGAUAGCUCUUCUAUUCAAGAGAAUAAUGCUUUUCAACCCUGUCAUAUUACUAUUUCAUAUCAUCACUCUUGUGUUUUGAUUAGUCAUCAACAUUAUAAUAGCAUUCAUGUAUUUGAUUUAGAUACAAAACAAUUUAAAUUAGCCAUUCCUUGGAAAUGUCCGAAAUAUUUGGUAAUCGAAGAAAAUUAUCGUCAUGAUGCCUUGAUUUUAUCUUGUAGAAUUUUGAAAGAAUAUUUCGUGUACAAGUGUGAUUUAGGAAAAUUAUUGAUUCGAAAUGCAUCCGAGAAUGAAAUAAUGAUGAAUGAGGAGAAUUCAUAUAUUUGGAGGAGUGUUCCAUUCUUUAGUGCAAAUGGAGUGGCAAUUUCUCGUGCAUGUCAUCAAGUGUUUGUAUGUGGAUCUCAAGACCAUACACAAUGUAUUACAAUAUUAGAUUUGAAUUCAGGAACUGUUGUGUCAACUCUAAAUACUCAAAGUUGUCCUGUUGGAAUUACAUUUGGAUGUAGUGGUAACUAUUUAGAUGAACUCGACUAUGUAGAAGAUCUUUUGUUUGUGAGUGAAAUUGAUUCCAAUGAUAUUAUUGAAGUUUUUGAAAAGAAUAACAACAAUUCAACAACAAUCAAUGAUCAAAUGUAUAAAGCCAAGAGGCUCACCUUCGAUAGAGCAAUUUACAACGCAUGUGAACUAGUAUUUGACAAAAUAUCGAAACGUUUAAUGGUUGCAGACUCUGGAAACCAUCAAAUUCUGGUUUUUGAUAUGCUUGGACGUUGUAUCCACGAGUUUGGAGAUGUAUCUCAAUUUAAGUUUCCAUCUGGAAUGGUUUUGAAUGAGCAGAAUGGACAGGUCCUAAUAUGUGAUAAGCAUAAUCGAAGAGUAUUGAUUUUCAAAUAG